AUGGGAAAAUCCUUCCAGAAGAUUCAUGCCUGCUCCGUCGGCAACUUCGGCGACAACACAGACAAGAUCCCGCAAUGGAUCAAAGCGAACGGCGGUGUCUACGUGAAGGAGAUCAACGACAGCGUCACUCAUCUCGUCGCGUCGGAGGCUGCGGUCAAGAAGAAUGUUGAAGCAGUCCGCAAGGCCAAACGCCUCAAGCAUAUCAAAAUUGUCACAUACGACUGGCUGGAGGAUUCGCUGCAGUCCAAGACGCGUCGACCGAAGCGCGAAGGCCCGUAUCUCUGGGACAGGAUCCUGAAGGAGCAGAAGAAGAAAGCUGCCAAGGAUAGCAAGGUUCAAAGAUCCUCCAACAAAAAGACGAAGACGAAGACGAAGAAGAAGAACCAGAGGGGCGUCAAUGCAGCAAAAUCUCUGGAAGACUUUGCAAAGGGUGCUCGUGCCAUCGUGUCCGAGAUGGAGUCAUCGGGCUAUCAUCUCUACACAGACCAGAAAACUGGUGUGACGUACUGUGCAACUCUCGUUCGACCGUCUGUGGUCAAGGGUCGGAAGGAGAAAUACCUUGCCAAGAUAAGUUGCUUUCUUUACAAUUAUUCCCUUCGCAAACAUCCCACGUCAAUUGUCUUUUUCCUACAGUCCACCCUCUCCCAGUCUGGUCCCAUAUUCUCGACUCAGAUCCUCCCUCGCAACCACCUCCUCCGCGUUCCCAUCUACAAUCCCUUUGCUCAACAGCUCCAGCUCUACGAAUCAGACGCCACACCGCACGUGUACGCAACCUACGUCAAGUACAGCCGCGUCGGCGCCUCGGGCAAGCAGCUGCUCGCUCCGCGCGGAAGCAGCCUCGACCUGGCCCUGACCGUGUUCAAGAAGUUCUUCCAGACCAAGACGGGUCUGCGGUGGGAGGAGCAGUAUGACGACAGCAAGACUCCGGAGCCGAAGAGGGAUGCCCGGGGGGAGCCUGUCCCUGCGGACGAUGGUUUGUUCCAGUUUGAGCGUCCGACAGGGCUGUUGGCUAGUCUGAAGGUUGAGGCCGAAAUUGAGAGCGUUAAUGAGGAGACGCAAACCCAACAAAUAACUGCAUCAUACACGACUGGUCCUUGUACUACUACUCGCUGUGAUGAGACCGUCGACGAUACUAGGGUUGAGGGUUUGGCUGUUAACAGCACAAUAAAUCCAGAGAUAGUCGAGACGGACGACAACUACCGAGAACCAAACCAAGACUGCCGUUUUCAGCGUCCAGCAAGCGUGGAUAGCAAUAUCAAUAGCGAUAGCAAUGACCCAAAUGGCACUGCCGACACUGCCGAUGAAGAAACUGGAUCUUCUCAGACCAUUGAUUUCGAAGAGGAACAGGAACACCAGCAGUCAUCGCCAGAACUUUGUCAAGAGAGUGAUACUGUGAUCGACUGA